AUGCGUCUCCCCUACGCCCCCAAUACCCCACCUGCCGAUGCGUCCGCCGACACGGCUGAUAUCUAUAACCGCAUCGCCGCCCGCCGAAACCCUCGUCCAUUGAUCCCCCUCGAUCUAUCCCUCCUCCACAGCCCACCCGUCGCCGAUGGCUGGAACAGCUUCCUUGGUGCCAUCCGCACCCGCACAAUUGUCGAUCUUGGUAUCCUGGAGUUGGCUGUGUGCCGUGUAGCUGUACUGAACGAUGCCGUCUACGAAUGGAAUGCCCAUGCGCCGCUUGCACUCAAGGGUGGCAUUAAGCCCGAAGAGCUACAUGCUUGCCGCACUUUGCCGUCGACUGCAAAGGGUGAUCUCUCUCAAUUGGAAAGUAGCCCACUUACCCCCCAGCAACGGGCGGUGCUACGCUACACCGAUCAAAUGACUGUGACUGUCAAGGUUGACCAGGAGGUUUUCAUCGAGUUGCAGAAUGUUGGAUUCAAUGAUCGUGAGAUUGUUGAGCUGACAACUGGUAUUGCUGGAUAUAACUGUGUGAGUCGGUUUUUGGUGGCGCUUGAUGUGGGUGAAAACAACGAUCGUCAAAUGAAGAGCGUCGAUGAGCUGGUUGCGGCGCUGCAAUAA